UGUCAAUGUACACAAAUCGGUAGAUCGAAAAACGCAGUGGAGUGGUUUUAGGAAAUUUUAGUUGGAAAGCCGGAAUUUGUUUAGUGUUAUUAAUUACAACGUAUUUCGCCUUUUUGUAAAAGGUUCGCAGGAUAAAGAUGCAAGGACAGUACUCAAGAAGGAGUCCGGCUGUCAAGCGGUUGAUGAAAGAAGCACAAGAGCUAAGUGAUCCUACGGAACAGUGCUACGCACAGCCAUUGGAGGACAAUCUGUUUGAGUGGCAUUUUACUGUGCGAGGGCCCCCUGACUCGGACUUCCAGGGUGGUGUGUAUCAUGGCAGGAUCACCCUGCCACCAGACUACCCCAUGAAACCACCCAGUAUCAUGCUCCUGACACCCACCGGAAGAUUUGAAGUAGGCACCAAGAUCUGCCUGUCCAUAUCUGGUCACCAUCCUGAAACCUGGCAACCUUCCUGGAGUAUCCGCACUGUCAUGCUUGCCAUUAUCGGAUUUAUGCCGACCAAAGGAGAAGGGGCCAUAGGAUCUCUGGACUACACACCAGAGGAACGGAAAAUAUUGGCAAAAAAGUCCCAGGAGUGGACGUGCCCAUCUUGCAAGAAAGCCAACAAGACCAUCUUACCCAAGGAGACCUCCUCUGAGAAGUCUAAGGAGAUGCAGAGAGAGGCAGCGAAGCUGGCAUCUCAGAUCAGCUUCAAGAAGGAAGAUGACAAGAAGAAGGGUGAGAGCACUUCCAGUAAUCCUGCAGCAGAUACAUCACAGCCUCAGACCAACGCCAUCCCAGCGGCCGCCAAUCCAGCUUUACCUCCAAAUCCGUUUGCCGCAUUCAACCCUGCGGCCAUGGGCAUGAACUUCCAGCCCGGCAUGUUCCAUGGUUACCCGCCAAACUUCAUGAACGUGAACCAGCAGGUACCGGCCAAUCAGAACGCUGCAAACCCGCCUGCUGGGACUCAAGGAACCAAUCAGAUGCCUUCAAAUGUUACCCAGCCACCAGCUGGCCAAUCAGAAAGCAGUCAGGCUACAACCAGCCAAUCACAAAACCCCCAGCCUCAAGCAGCAGCUACCAGCCAACCAAGCACAACCACCACCACACCUGAACUGAGACAGCGGGCAGCAGCGGCAGCGACCCCAGGGGUAAACCAGACACAACCCAGGACAGACCCCCAGAGGAACCAGGUAGCAAAUGAGGACAAUUCAGGAGGGAGGUGGGCUAUCGUCAUAAUGAUCAUCAUCACUAUCAUCAUGCUGUUUCUUCUCGGAAGGAGGCUCUUCAUCACUUACGAGUACAAGUUCCAGUCUGGGGAUCUGUAAACUUGAAACUACUCCAAAGUAUACACAAAUCUUGUCCCAUAGUUGACAACUAUAGCCCCCACGGUGCGACGACCAAAACUGUGGUGUCCCAUGUGAAUAUUUUACGACCAUUGAACUUCUGUGCAAAAGUCUUGACAGCUGCAUAUCUGUUGGUGCAAUGGAAUGUAUGAAUUCGGUCUGAAAGGCUGGUCAUAGUAUCUUAAAUCUUCGUGAUUUAAAAAAAAAAUUACAACUACAAAGUUCUCCAACAAAGAGUAAACGAUCAAAAGUUAAAUUAAGGUGAAGGGUAGAAUGUCAUUGUGGUUAUUUUUAAGACCAUUUUUUCCCCUUGUGAAUUGUUAAAAUAAGUUGUGGAGUUGUGAACUUCAGAUUUUAGCAGAAUAUUUUUGAAGCGUUAAAAAAUAUAUUACAUUUAAUUUGUCCUGGUCAUUCCAAUUGUCUACUGGCUAAGUUCCCUGUCGUGUAACAAAAUUCUUCCAACAAUUUAGUAUGAAUUAUUUAUACCCCACACAUGGCUAAAAAAAAGUUGAUCCAACAGGAAAAGUUUCCUUAUUUGAAAUUUGAUAUCCUAUAUAAUAAUCCUAAGUAAAAUGUGAAUUCAUUUCAUUUCGUUUGUAAAAUUAACGAACCUCCUGUGAUAUGUAUGGCACAAUAUAUAAUACGGACAUUUUAAAUUAAUUGUUAAUUUAUUAGUUUCACUCAAAAGUAAAAUAAAGAUGUAUACAGAAACAAAGUACAGACA